AUGAGACAAAGAGCUAACAGCACGCAAAUCAGGCUUGCGAAUCAGCCGCCGAUACACAUCCAGUUGGUCAACAACGCUGGCGAUGCUUCUUCAGACUCUGUUGGCGAAGGCCAGGACAUCGCUACUGUGACAAGCCCCUUGUCUCCUUCGGGUCAACCAUGGGCCCGGAAUCUCUACAUUGGUGAUUGCACGUUGGUCCGAGGAUCAGGCGCAUACAGGUAUGCUGUGUGGACCAUCACGAUCGAGACUUCUGCCGGUAGUAAGUACACCAUCUACAAGCGUUACAGUGACUUCGUGAACCUUCGGGAGUUGUUGAUACGGUACUUCCCAAGGAACAAGCCAGAGGUGCCCGACCUACCCCAGAAGCGGUUCUUCAACAACCUUGACAACGACUUCUUGCAGAAACGCCGUAUGGGGCUUGAAUACUUCCUCAGCAGUGUGAUGUUGAACCCGGUGUUCAGCCGCAGUGCCAUCAUCAAAGAGUUUGUGUUAGCAAAAUGA